AUGCGGUAUCAAGCACUUGCUGCACUCUUGGUGCUGACAGCCAACUGGGCCAACGCCCACUCAUGGGUUGAACAGCUCGCCAACAUCGCCGCUAACGGCUCGUAUGUGGCUAGCUUUGGCUAUCCGCGAGGGUUUGCAGACAAGACUGUCGGCAGCAGCUUCGACCAGGAGGCCAACAAAUGGCUCCUACCACGCGAUGCGGACUUCAUCAACAAAACAGAUCUUCUUUGCUACCAGUGA